UUAGAUUCCAUUCUGUGUGCUUGCUCAUUCAGUGUACGGACAAGGUGGUUCAUUCAUGAAGGUGGAGAUAUGUGAAAAGAGAGUUCAAUAUUUUCUAAAUACAGCCGGCCUUUAAACCAUGGAGAAAGGAGUAUCAGGUGUCCAGAACAGAUCAACAAGGAGCUGGGAUUAUGCAUAUUUACAGCCUUAUCUUCUCUGGGACCUGACAGGUACCUUGUACUGCUGGAAACAGGCCAGUCUGUCCAUAUGGGGAUGGAGCAGUCUGGGGGUGGUGCUCUUUCUCAUCACAUUUGGACCCUUCGCCAUAUUUUAUUUUGUUUUUUAUGUCCUGUGCUUUGUUGCUGGAGGCUUUGUAGUAACACUUUUAUUUGGAAGGACAAACUCAGAGAAACACUUGGAAAAAUGUGAACAGUCGUUCCUUCCCACAACACCACCAGGCAUACUGAAGACGCUGGAUGAAUUAAAACUCGAAGUCAAGCAGAUAAAAAUUGACAGAAGAGUCACAGGAUCCAGCUUUAUCGAUGAGCCACUACAGCAGGUGAUCCAGUUUGUCCUUAGAGACUACAUCCAAUACUGGUAUUACACUCUCAGUGAAGAUGAGUCCUUUCUGCUUGAAAUCAGAAAAACUGUACAGUAUGCACUCGUCCAGCUUUCCACAAGAUCCAAAGAAGUCGACUGGCAGCCAUAUUUCACCACCAGAUUAGUGGAUGACUUUGCUACACAUCUGCGAGUCUUCAGGAAAGCCCAGGAGAGCCUAAAAGAGAAAGAAGACCCCAAACAACGGGAUUCCUCCGAGGAGCUGUUGGAAUCCUUCUUUGAAGCUGAGGUGGAGAUGGAGAGGAAGAUAUGUCGGGAUGUGGUGUGCACCACCCCCAAAGAUGAAGAGGGCUUUCUGAGAGACCUGUGUGAGGUCUUACUGCACCUGUUACUACCUCCUGGAGACUUCCACAACAGGAACAUGAGAUACUUUGUCAGGGAAAUCCUUGCAAGGGGUGUUCUGCUUCCACUGAUCAACCAGCUGAGUGAUCCAGAUUAUAUUAAUCAGUAUGUCAUUUGGAUGAUCCGGGACUCGAGCUGUAACUACGAGGCCUUCAUGAACAUCUUGAAGCUGUCAGACAACCCUGCUGAGCUGGAGGCUGUGAAAGACAAGGCGGCUGAGGAGCUGCAGUACCUGCGCUCCCUUGACACUGCCGGAGAUGAUAUUAAUGUGAUUAAGAAUCAGAUCAACAGUUUACUCUUUGUGAAAAAAGUCUGUGAAUCAAGAAUACAGAGGCUGCGGUCAGGAAAGGAAGUGGAUGCUCUGAAACUUGCUGCAAACUUUGGGAAGCUGUGUAUCAUUCCUCUGGAGCACAUAUUGGUUCACAACAUCGCACUUCAGUUUUUCAUGGACUACAUGCAGCAGGUAGGGGGCCAGGCAGACCUGUUCUUUUGGCUGACGGUGGAGGGAUACCGGGUCACAGCCCAGCAGCAGCUGGAGGUUCUGCAGGGCUGGCAGAGGGAUGGGAAGAAGCAGAGCAGCCAGACCAAAGGCCUGCUGAAGGCCGCUGUGCUGGGGGUCUACGAGCAGUACCUCUCAGAGAAGGCCUCCCCCAGAGUACAGGUGGAUGAAGCUUCGCUCGCGAAACUGGCUGAGAAACUUCACAAGGAGGAUCCCACACCUGAGAUAUUUGAUGAUAUCCAGAGAAAGGUGUACGAGAUGAUGCUGCAUGAGGAGCGGUUCUACCCGUCCUUCCGACAGCACCCGCUGUACGUGCGCAUGCUGGCCGAGCUUGACAUGCUGAAGGAGCCCAGCCUGCGAGGGUCUGACGACGGAGAAGGGGAAUCAUUUAAUGGAUCUCCUACGGGAAGCUUAAGUUUGUCAUUGGAUGACCUCUGUAAUGCAAGUUCUGAUGAAUCAAUGCAACUUCAUGCUUUCAUUUCUGAUACUGCUGAUGCUUGUUUAAACCCACUUCCCGUGGCAGGCGUGUGUAACGAUCACGGAAAAACGUACGCAUUGUACGCCGUCACCGUGUUCCGGAAGAACCCCGAUGGCAUCGAGGACACCUGGGUGACCUACCGUCGCUAUAGCGACUUCCACGACUUCCACAUGCGCAUCACAGAGCAGUUUGAAAACCUUACCUCUAUCCUGAAACUCCCUGGGAAAAAGACCUUCAACAAUAUGGACCGGGACUUCCUGGAGAGGAGGAAGAAAGACCUCAAUGCUUACCUGCAGCUGUUGCUGAAUCCAGAGAUGAUGAAAGCAUGCCCCACACUCGCACCAUAUCUCAAUGACUUUCUGGAGAACAAGGCCUACAGCAAAGGGAAGGGCGAUUUUGCACGAAAGAUGGACACCUUUGUGAACCCUCUGCGGAACUCGAUGCGGAACGUGUCCAACGCUGUGAAGUCCUUGCCGGACAGCCUGGCUGAGGGCAUGACCAAAAUGUCCGGCAACAUGGGCAAGAUGUCCGAGAGACUGGGCCAGGACAUCAAGCAGUCCCUAUUCAAGAUGCCCCCUUUGAAGUCUGAGAUCAACUCGGAGCACUGCCGUGUCUCUGCACAGCUGGAUGACAACGUGGACGAUAACAUUCCGCUGCGGGUCAUGCUGCUGCUGAUGGACGAGGUGUUUGACCUGAAGGAGAGGAACCAGUGGCUGAGGAGGAACAUCAAAAACCUGCUGCAGCAGCUCAUCCGUGCCACCUAUGGAGACACUAUCAACAGAAAAAUUGUGGAUCAUGUGGAUUUCAUGACGUCUCCAGAGCAGGUGGCAGACUUUGUGAAGCGCUUCAGAGAUUCCUUCUGGCCCAACGGGAUACUGGCAGAGAGUCCGCCCCGCAGGGACAAAAACAUCCGAAUGAGGACCAGAGUCGCUGCCAAAACCAGCCUGCUGGCCAUAAUGCCAGACGAGCUGAAGCACAUCAUCGGGGCGGACACCACGCGUAAGGGCAUCCUGCGGGUCUUCGACAUGUUCCAGCACCAGCAGCUGAACCGCCGGCUGGUCUACGUCUUCCUGGAGGGCCUGCUGGAGACCAUGUUCCCCCAGUGCAAGUUCCCCGAGCUCUUCGUCAAGCUGCACUCGCGCUCCGAGCGCAUGCACAGAUACUCGCAGAAGCUCAGGGCCGCGCAGAAGAGGUGACGUGCCGCACGCUGCCGACGCCGCGCGCACCGGGCUGCACUGUACGCGUCACGGACAGGUCGCUACGCGGGGCACGGUGUACAGAGAGGGGCGCGAGGGGGCCAAGAAUCACUGCCCCGAAAUUCCCCUCCCCUGCCCUCCCCUGCCUCCUUACAUUUAAAGCACUAUAUCCAUAUCAGUAGCGUGGAGAUUUCGGCGAUCUUUGCGGAGUUGUUCCAAAGCUGCCAGAACCGAACCACUUAGAAGCUGUAGAAACUAUGGUGCUUGACAACUGUUGAUGGUAUCAGAUGUUCUUUUUGUCAAUGUUUUUACUGUAUCUUUAUGUUAAAGGGUAGGUGAGAGCCUGGUCCCCUCUGGCAGGUUCCUUGAACUCCCCCAAUCAGCAAGCCCAGUGCAGUUUCCAAAAGGCUUGGGCAGUUGCAUUUUGCAACUUUUAAUUGGACGGAGGAGUGGUCAUCAGUAAUGGCUGAGAAUUCUAAACUGUGUCACUGGUAAACACAUUGAAGUGAUUGAUGGUUAUUUGGCGUUAAUUUGCCCCAUGCAGGACCAAGUUAUGGUCCUGUUGCCACAGAAAAAGCGAACAUUAUCCACAGCUGUUCAUUCAAAUUCAGUUCAAUCCAGAAAUAUAAAAUGGUAUCUUCUGACCUUUAUACUUGGUCAGUUUAUGUAAGCAUUUAUGCAGCUUUCCCCAAUUAAGCCUCCCCUGCGUUCAGGUGAAAGGCUUUUCUUCAAAGCUUGUGCACAUUCCUAGUGUCCUAUAGUGAGUGUUGGAGUGCUUUUGCCUGUAACUACAGUAAUCAGUUGCUCCCUUAUCUGCACUCAGUACAGUUAUACAAAUACCAGGACUACUAUGCAAAUAAAUGCUUUUAGGGCAAAAUAUGACAGCAUAAAGCACCUGCUGUAAAGAAUACAUUUCCCUACUACUAUGUGAUAGCAGCUGGAUAGCUUUUAGGUGGUAGAACCCGGCACCCCUCUUAUUCACACAUAAGUGAGAAUUUUCAAGGCGAAAGUCUAGCAGUGGAAUGCCAAAUGUCAAAAGUGCCCAUUGACUAAAAUUAGCACCUUUUAAACACUAAGGGGAAGCACGUACACAGUGUCUUUGAGCCUGUUAAGAAACAUGAGAAGUCACCAGCUUCCCAAAGGUAACUGAACUCAUUUCAGUUGUUUGUCCAGGUCACAUGCUGCAGAUAAGCAUUUCUGUUUGUUAUGAGCAUACUGAGAUAUGCUUUAAAGAAUGUAACUCUCGCUGAUGUAAAAUACCUGUUUUGUGUCCUGUUUUUAAACCAGUUACAUGUCGUAAUUCGUUCGACGCUUGCAGAUAUGAUUGUAAAGAUGCGUGUGUAGCAGUAGUGGGGAGAAUCCCACGCAGUCAGAAAACUGUGCCACCGUUGGAUAGUGAAUCAGCCUUAAUGCUAAACGAGAGUUUAGAACAACUGAGAUGUGGUAGAGGACUCCCUGGGAGACCGCAAACAAAUGCAUAGAUAAAAAUACCAAAUUGGAUGUCUUUCUUCAUAGAAGUAGUCAUUUUGUGCAAUAUUUUCUUUCAUGCAUGCGUAUCUAAAUAACUGUACAAAAUAUUUUAAUGUUUGAAGAGGUGUAAAAACAAGAAAGAACAGGUAAACUGGUGGCUAAAACCCAACCAGUUGCAUUCCGUUUGUUGUCAAGAUAAGGUUAAGGACUUGUUUUAUAAGUCUUAGUUUUUCACUCCUUGAUCAUUUUACAUUUAUAGAUGAGGGCCGUUUUUCCCUCUGUGCAUGGCUUACAUACAGCACGAGCAAUCUGAUGAGCACAUUGCACAGUAUUUAGGUAGUUGCAAACAUGUAUGGAUAUGCAGCAUACAUGUCUGCGACUUCAUAUGGAGCUGUAUGGAUAUAGUGUACAUGUGUGUAGCUCCUACGUUGUCAGGGGAAGAUAUAAUCAGCUUUCCUAAUUAUAUGGCAGUGCAUAUCUAAUCAAAAGGAGAAGUUGGUCAUCAUGAUUUGUGGAUAUCUGAGCUGUACCUCCAAUAAUGUGUGAUAGGGCGUCACCUAAUCCCAGGCUGCAUUGCAAACCGCUCCCUCACUGCAUCCUGACGUCUGAAUCUGGGCCAAAAGUGACCCUCAGCGUGCCCAUAAUCUUUUUUUUUUCUUCAAUUCAUAGAAUAAAGUCACAGCAUAUUGAAAGAUCUGUGUAAAGAAAUCUGUUAAACCACUCGCACAUAUCUGCAGUGGUUUUGUUUUUUUAUCUUACUAACUCACAAAUGAAAUAUUGCACAUGAGUACUUAUUAAAACUCUGAAUUUACCUAAGUGAAUAAUUGUGUAUUGCCUUGUAUAGCCGUAUUAUAUUUUUUGUGUGUUUUAUCUUACAGCACAUACACGAUAAACGUGUAGCUAAAACAAGUGCUUGUUUUGAACUGUGUUUUUAACCGAACAAUAUUGCUUUGAGCUGGGCACUGAAUGCUGGUGUUGAAGUGCGUUUCAGAGCCAACACUAAUUUGCUGCUCCCUCCCCCCCCUCUCUUAUGCUCCAUUCAAGUGAUCAUUCUGUGAUAUCACAGUAGCUGAAUGCUCAUUGGGUGAGGGGAGUAGGGGACAAGGAAGCGGUUUGGAACGCAGCCACAACGUCGACUGUCUCCUAACCUUCUGUAACCACUCGCUCCCCUUGGAUGCAGGCCUUUUUUUUUAAUCACCCUGUACAUAUGAAUCUAUGAUAUUGAAUUGUGCAUAUCAUUGUACAGUAUAUGUCAACAGUGUGCCUAAAUGUAUUGUCAACUCUAUUUUCUUA